AUGGCGGAAGGCCAGCUUCCCGUCGGAGACGAUACACUUGACGAGCUGGGGGAUGAGUUCCUCGAAGAUCUCCCCGACGGAGCUCUGCCCGAUCUCCGCGAAAACGCUGCGCCGUCAGCUCCUGUCAGUGCUCAGCCGCUUCCUUCGGGAGAACCUGCGGCGAAGAAGCUAUGCAGUGAGGGGCAAUCCUCGGCUGCUGGUACCUCAGGCACUGCCUCCGCGCUCCUUUCGGCCCCUCCUCCGGUUCCCCGCGCGAGCUCCUCCGCAGCUCUGCUGCCACGGCCUCUGCGUCUGCCGGAACCUGAAACAGACCAUGCUGCUGCUGGCGCGAUCACUGGCCUUGCUCCCCAUGCUCGCUAUCGGAACCUGCGUCGCCAUCGCACGUCGGUCGGCGCGGUUCUGCAUGCUCUGACGCGCAACACGCAGUCAAUGGUGGACGUGAUUUUCCCCGAGGCUUCUUCGGAGGAGGUUCGUGCCGCGGUGCUUACGCGUAUCUCAGCCCUCAUCAACGGUCAGGCUUUUAACGGUGUCAUCCCCUCGUUUGAAUCUGCGGCUGGUGAGGCCUUGCGGCUUCCCCGCCAUACGUAUUCCAGGCAUACCUUCUCUUGGCCCUCUGCUAAUGACGCUAGAAUCUUUCGCAGCCUCUUCCCGGUCACGGUUCGUCUGGCUAACAACCGUGCGAUGGAAGUCAAGGUUUUCUCUGAUCCCAAUCAGGAGUUCACGACGGCUCGUGCCAGGGGCGACACCUACGUGGUCCUCCGCAAUGUUCCGCUGGGGUACUCUCCUGAGCGCAUGCGCAGCACACUUCUUGCGGGAACGACCGAGGCAGGAUUGCCUUGGCUCUUUGACCUUCGCCUGUUUCACCGUCUCAAGGAUCCUUACGACGACUCGGCGUACUCUCAGCUGCUCGGUCUUCCCGUGGCAGCAGAUGGUGAUGCAGGCUUCGACCGUAUCCCUGCGGUCCUUUGGCUUCCGGGCCAGGAGGACCCUGUGCUUCUCAACAUCUCAUCCCACUCCUGCUCCGUAUGCUCCAGCAAUCACCGCGUGUACGAUCACGCGUGCUUCGCUCUCACCCGCCGUGCGCGCCUCCCGAACCGCCACACCAUCUCGGUGGCCCAGCUGCAAUCUGUCAACGGUCGGCUGAUUGGCCAGCAGCCCGCCCCCGCAGCUUUCAAGAAGGACCCAGGCCUUCUCCUGAUUGGGAUCGACCUGGACGUCGAAGUCUGGACGUGCUCCUUGUGCGAGUUCGAGUGUGGCUUGGCCUUGGACAGUGCCAUGCACCACCUCGCCUCCGAUGCUCACCGCAAGCACCUGCAGGACUCGGCUCACCUGCCGGCUGUCAAAGAGAAAUAUGGGGCCUGGAGGGCAGUGUGGCGUGCUAUCUUCGCCCCAGCACUUGACAUCCCCACGGCAGCAGCUGGUACUAUUUUGGCCGGGGAUUUCAACGCAGUUUGCGCUCCGGAAGACCGAAAUAGGCCUCUACUCAGACUCUCUCCCCCAGUCUAUGCUACAGGGCCGGACAGUUCUCAUUCCAAAAAAAGUGACGCCACAUUGGUCGACAACCUACGCCCCAUCACACUUAUGAACACCGAUUAUAAGGUACUGGCGAUUUGCCUGGCUAAUCGCCUUCAACCUCUUUUGCCUUCCCUCAUCAACCACUCACAGACCGCCUUCAUCAAGACCCGUAGGAUUGGGGACACACUUAAUGACACCUUGGACAUCUUCGACUGGGCCACGGCACAGUCAUUACCCCUUCUUGCACUCACUGUCGACAUUCGGAAGGCGUAUGACAUGGUCGACAGAGAUUUCCUCUUCACCUGCCUCUCCCACCUCGGCCUUCCUGCCACCUUCAUCCACUGGGUCAAAUUGAUGCAUUCAGGCACCACUACCCGAAUUUCCGUGAAUAACUUCUGCGGUCCUUCUAUACCUGUCAUCACCGGUGUCAGGCAAGGAUGCCCGCUGGCUCCGUUACAGAAAUUUUCCACCGCUAUACUUCCUGCUUCUUGCCUGGAUUCCCUAUUUCCCGCACCCAACGCCGACUGA